UAUGGCGACCACCAUGGAUGGCUGCAGGGAUUCUGAAGGAACAGAAACAAAUUUGAAUGAUCAUUCCAGCCCUUCAUCUUUGACGGACGUAAACCUCGAUCAAAGCUCAGCCAGCAGCGGUGAAAGCUUAGAUUUGCUGAAUGAAAGUCGAAAACAAUUUAAUUUCGGUAGAAAAAUAGCAAUCAAAAACAUCCCCGUCACAACGAACGAGGAGGUUGAUCUAUUCCUGGGGGAAUAUGAAUUGGACGAAAUUGACAUGAACAGUAAAGAAAAAGAAGCUGUGGUGACUUUAAAAAAUGGUGAGGAUGCAGAGAAUAUCUAUGAAGAAUUGAACCAGGCAAGAAUGCUGGACCACACCAUUUCCAUAUGUAUUCUGGCACCAGACCGCCUUUUGUGUCUAGCACACCUCCCUGUCGAUUUUACGGACAAGGAACUCAAAACAAUGGUCUCUCCCCUCGGUGAUACUCUUAAGUGCUUUAUGUUCCGAGCUGAUGACACAGGCCAAAGUAAAGGCUACGGACUGGUGGAGUUUAAGACCAAUCUCGACAGAACCAAACAGAUAGCAGCAGAGCUAGACUGGAGAGAGGUGAGAGGGAACAAGAUCAACUGUGAUGUCAUCAGUCAACAAACCAGCUCGGCCUACCAGAACCUCCACUCCCGCUGUCUCCUGGUGGAUAAUCUCCCCUUGGAUUACAAAGACAACUCCAACUUCAGGGAAAUAUUCAGUCGCCAUGCCAGUCCCAUAUACUGCCAGGUGGUGCUGAAGGAAGGGGAGCCCCUCGGCUUUGGUAUAAUAGAGUAUGCUGACCCAAAGGCUGCCGAGAAUACACAGACACUGCUGAGCGGCUACAAACUCCAUCAGACAACCCUAAGGGUCACCUACUGUAUCCCGGGCAAGUCUGCCGUGGAGAUCUGUUCCAGGCUACUCGUCAAGUUUGAUGACAUGUCGUCCUCCAAGCCCAGCUUGUUGCCGGACCCAAUAUUUCCCAACACGUCUGUGUUGAACCAUCCCUUAGUUCUGGACCUGUGUGACCAACAUCCCCAGUUAAUAACACAUUUCAAGACAGCUUUACACCAGCUCCAGCAGACCUACGUCACACAGAUGAACUUGAAAUCGGCAAAACCAGGUUUACUUGGCCCGGCACCAUCUGUAGGUAUGAGUCCAUUGAUGAACCCUAACAUGCAAAUGGGCCUGAUAAUACUGUUGGCUCUACAGACGCAGGUCCGGUCCCAGCACCAGGUGGCUGGCCCGUUGAACUUGCUUCCGCUGCUUGGUAACCAUCAAACUGGUGACAAGCCAUCAAUACUGGGGGACCCAGUCUCGGCUCAGGCCAAUAUCAUUUUACAGAACCUCAUGUCUCAGCUAUCCCCCUCAUCCACAACUUCUCCAGCAGGGGGCAGCACUUUAUCACCCAAGGCAGAGGAGAGUUCAACUUCACCACUGCUACAAUCACUAGCUGUCAACAUACAAAAUCUCAACCUGGGCUGGCUAACAAAUCUCGGGCAGCUGACAUCGUCAGUGCAGUUCAGGCAGCAAAUAGACUCGGGCAUCAAACCACUGAUGAAAGCCGAGACCAAUCCGAUGCCACGCCCCCUGUUACCACCGAACGUUAAAAGUCACUUUGAUGGAGACAUGGCCAAGUCAAGGUCUACCGGGGGACUACUAGGGGAAGCUCCACGGCUAGACAGAAUAAAAAUGUCUCAGAAUUUUAUGAAUAAUAUACAGAUGCUGGCUGGUCAGAAGAAGCCAAUGCAGCCAACAGAAAUGCCUAGUCUGUUGGAUGGCAAUAUCUCUAGUCAUACUGGUCAGGGUUUGUCUGGGCGUGGUGGACAGGGACAACCCAGGUACAAUCAAAGUGGGAAUGGACAAUCUGCUGACAACUAUGGUCAAAGUGGACGUAGCCGAUUUGGUGAUGAAUAUAGUCAUAGUGGGCGUGGCCAAUUUGGUGAUGAAUAUGGCCAUAGUGGGCGUGGCCAGCUUGGUGAUAGCUAUGGCCAGAGUAGGCGUGACCAAACCAGUGAUGGCUACAAUCAAGGUAGGCGUGACCAAUCCGGUGAUGGCUACAAUCAAGGUAGGCGUGACCAAUCCGGUGAUGGCUACGAUCUAGGUAGGCGUGUCCAAUCUGGGGAUGGCUAUGGUCACAACAGACCUAAUCAGUCUGGCGUUGGUAUGCCCAGGCCUAAUAAUCAGACUGGGACAGGUGGUAAGUCCCUGUUGGGCGAACCACCAUCUCUAGUACCCAAACGGCUGCCCGGACUAAGAGAUGGACUGUUGCCGGAGCCAGGGUCAGACUACGGAGUCAACAAGGACAGCUACUCGACAUCUGGACAACACCAGGGGGAUAACUCCAGCAGAGACGACUCUGGAUACGGUGGCUACAGUCGACAUGGUUCUUCAUCCUCCAACAACUACACUGACAGUAGCUUCAACUCAGGACGCGGCGACUCCAGCUUUAACUCACAGGGUAACACCAGUUUACUAUCCCGACCUGGCAGUACCAGUUAUGACUACUACCAGCAGCAGGAGAGCACUCCCAAUGUCGGUUCGGAGUAUGAGAGCAUGGCUGCCAAGGCUAUAGCCUACGCUGCGACGACCAACACCAGCUACCAGGGCGCCGCGGGUGGUAACAACGGCUACAGUGACUACAGCAGUGGGGGGAACUAUGACAGUUAUAGCAGUGGGAAGGGUAAUGACUACGGUUACUGUAGCGAUAACGGUGUGGACAGUGAUACCUACAGACAAUACAGUGGGUCCGGUGAGGAUGGUGGUAGCUACGGAUCUUACAGUGGUAACGGCAAAGAUGGCUACAAAAACAAUGACUAUCAGUCGUCGCAAUAUGGUGGUCGUCAGUCAGAAAAAUCGUCUCUACUUGGCACACCACAAGGUCGAAGUCAACAGCCACAGAGCUGGCAGGGAGCCUCAUCCGGUAACAACACGGCAAGUCAUCCUUUAUUAUCAACGCCUGGUUCUCAGGGUCUUCUGGCCACACCAGGAGGUAGUUCCCAGAGCCUGCUGUCCACACCAAGAGGUCGGUCCAGUUCACCUCAUUCCCUCCUGUCGACACCCCCAGGUGUAUUUUCCUUCUCAAAUACCGAAGGAAAACAAACAAGUCUGUUAGGAGAGAAACCACGGACAAGACUAGCAGGAGGCUCCUCAGGCCAGGGAAGAACAGGGUUACCACACAUCGGAAACCAAGCCGCCAACCAGGGCCUCCUAGGCAGCAGGCCAAUAGGGUCAGCAGGCCUCUUGAAGACACCCAUUGGUCAGAAGAGGAGCUACAGUCACCUUCUCCCUCCCCCAGAGCCCAGCCCGGAGUCGGAGUAUGUAGGUCAGCACUCCCAGGGGAUAGGAGGACACUACGCCGACUCCUACCCCUCCAACAAGAGGCAGCGGCUGGAUGUGGCAGGAACCAGCCGGAGCUUCGCCUCCAGGUACUAAGGUGAUACAUGGCAGGGAGUGACCUGAAGGUACAACCCGCUGGUAUUGAGAUAAAAGAUGCUGGAAAAAGUCUGUACCAGUCUCAUUUCUUCACCACAUUGUUUGUGUGGUGGAAGAGGCAGCUUGACCUUUAAUAGGUCGUUAAUACUAUUCUGUUGUUAUCUGUGUAUGAUGCCACACACAUAGUAACUUUAAUCAUACCUGGAUCUGAGCUUGUCAUAUCAUUUACAAAUGUCUCAUUAUCUAGAGUAUCGGGAAAACAUGCUAGCGGUUUAACAUUUGUUAGAGGGUAAGACCUUCUGAGUUUUUAACCUCACAUGUUCAGGAUGGUGUUUGAUGGUGUAGAGGUCACACAAAUCGUUAGUCACACUUCUGAGAUCAGGGGGGAUUUGGUAUUAUAGAGACUUUGUGUCUACAUCCAGGCCAGUGGGCAUCAGCAUUUAACUUGCUGUAGCAGUUUAUCGGAAGUGCCAUAUUGAACUUAUAGGUUAUGAUGGUAUUCUAUUAAGACAUUUUUCAUGUUGUUUAAAAUCUAUUUUAAUUUUUGGGUAUAUUUUGCAUGACCUUAAGUUAUCAAAAUGAUGUUGAGAUAAAAGAAUAUAAUUCCAACAGCAUCAUGAGUUUCAAUGUAUUAUCAAGUUAUAUUUUUUCCUCAUUUUCCUUAUUAAAUGUUCUUUGAAACGUUUCAAUUUUGAUUUAUACUAGAUCCCACCUACACUUUAACACUGUCUAAAGCUAAUAUUCUGAUAUACCCUUCACCCCAAUGUCACCUACACUUUGACACUGUCUAAAAUAAUAUAAAGCUUAGAUUCUGAUAUACCCUACACCCCAAUGCCACCUACACUUUGACACUGUCUAAAAUAAUAUAAAGCUUAUAUUCUGAUAUACCCUACACCCCAAUGUCACCUACACUUUAACACUGUCUAAAAUAAUAUAAAGCUUAGAUUCUGCUAUACCCUACACCCCAAUGUCACCUACACUUUGA